AACGCUUAAAAGCGACAGCCAAAAACGAGGUACCCGCAUUAGGUACCAGGCAUUACAUAAUAAAUCUCCCUACGAGAGUUACAAUAGGCCCACAUAGAAGCCAAAACAGCUGAACUAACAACAAGAGCUGGCCAACGAAAUAGCCGGUUUUGAGUGAGAGAGCCGCUUCUUUUCACUGACGUGUCAUUCAACUCGAUCGAGAAAUCGUGGAGCCGAGAAUUUCAGAGAGCCCAGAACUGAGUGAGUUGGCCAAAGCAGCCAAACAAUUUAGCCGAGCGAAGCGUAAACUGGCCCACAACUCAAACUCGAACACCACUUCACCGCUCUUCUCUCGCUCGUUUUUAGCCAGUUUGCGCUGACGAUCGGCAAGAGUAGGGUCAAGUUCAGAAGUCUCUAGUUUUUGCCACGAAGAUGAUGCAUAUUUUGGUAACACUGCUCCUGGUCGCCUUCCACUCGCUGCCCUCCACCUGGGCCGUCACCUGCCCGGGCUGCGUGGAUCUGGACGAGCUGAGUUUCCAGCAGGCGGUGGAGCGGUUUCCCUACUCCAUAGUGAAAUUCGACAUUGCAUAUCCGUAUGGCGAAAAGCAUGAGGCCUUCACCGCCUUCUCCAAGUCCGCCCACAAGGCAACUCAAGAUCUGCUGAUAGCCACCGUGGGUGUCAAGGACUACGGGGAACUGGAGAACAAGGCCCUGGGCGACCGCUACAAAGUCGACGACAAGAACUUCCCGAGCAUCUUCCUGUUCAAGGGCAACGCUGAGGAGUACGUCCAGCUUCCCAGCCACUUGGACGUGACGCUGGACAAUCUGAAGGCCUUUGUCAGUGCCAACACACCGCUUUAUAUCGGUCGUGAUGGCUGCAUCAAGGAGUUCAACGAAGUGCUCAAGAACUAUGCCAACAUCCCCGAUGCAGAGCAGCUGAAACUCAUCAAGGAGCUGCAGGCCAAGCAGGAGCUGCUGACCAAUCCUGAGCAGCAGCAGAACGCCAAGGCCUAUCUGAUCUACAUGCGCAAGAUCAACGAGAUGGGAUACGACUUCCUGGAGGAGGAGACCAAGCGACUGCUGCGGCUCAAGGCCGGCAAGGUCACCGAGGCCAAGAAGGAGGAGCUGCUGAGGAAACUGAACAUCCUGGAGGUCUUCAGGGUUCACAAGGUCACCAAGACUGCGUCCGAAAAGGAGGAACUGUGAAGUUGUCUAACGAAUAUUUGUUAAAUCUUUAAACAAACAUGAAUAUUUACUGAUAUUUAUACAUGUCGGAUCUCGGCAGAGAAAUGUGAAUGUACAAUUUAUUCGAAUUAUAAGUCUAUCAUCCAAAUAAAGACAUUUUUUUGUGUUGUAUUAUUUAAA